GACCUGCACUGACAAGUACUGCACAAUCAGUACCCUUACCUAAGAGGCAGCCAGAGAGCCAAGCCGCACCCGCUGUCAGCGGGACCUCUCAGCCAGUGGAUCCACUCGGAGCGCGAAAGAUUUUCGUUGGUGGUUUGAACCGCCAGGUCACUAGUAAAGCCCUACGGACACAGUUUGCCCGAUAUGGCAAUGUCACAGACGCAACUGUGAUAAGAGAUCGGAAAACUGGUGUUUCAAUGGGAUAUGGUUAUGUUACCUUUGAGUUACCAAGUGUUGCGGAAGCGGUGCUAGCCGAGCCCAAGCAUCUAGUUUGCGGCAGUUAUGUGGGUGUUAAGAAAUUUCAGAAACCUAUCCGAGGUGGCAUAAAUCAGGAUAUUAAAGCGUCUGCGACCAGGUAA